GGUGCUUCUUCUUCCAUUUAUUCAGCUAGUACUGCUCUUCUUCUAGAUGCUUUGGCCUGGUCAAGUUGCAUUCAAUUGCAGUUUUUCAGUUGCCACUCCGUUGGCCGAUUGUCGGUUGUCGUCCUCGCGACUUUUCUUGUUUAUUUUUUCCCCCGACUUUUCAACUAGCUGUGUGUGUGCGUGACAGCAACAACAAUAAUCUGAGGACGCCUCUUGUAAUUAUUUUAAUUUAUGCGUUUAUCGCUUUUUGCCUUUUGCCGCCGUUCAGCGGUUUCUGUUGGCUAUCCGGCUGCAUUUGCUUCUUUUUUUGCCUUGACAUUCGCAUUUUGACAGCACGGCGAAUAAUUCUCGGUUCUGCCAUCAUUGCAAUGUCAAUUUUUUUUAUUUUGCUGAUAUUCCGACUUGUCCACGGGGCGUAUGAGUAACGCGAGUCGUGUUGUGAUUUCUGGCAAGUGCAAUGCCGUCGGUACAUUGAUUUUUAAAGGAAUUAAAUCCGUUUUGCACAGAAAAUCAAAGACGUAUUCAUCUGCUUUUGUAUUGUGUGUUUGAUAAAUCCCUUUUAAAUUUUUGACACAGAAAGUAAUCGGUUUUUGGUAUAUAAGCGGACAUCAAAAACCAAAAAGUCUUGUAAUUUGGACCCAAUAAAUAACGAAUCAUAUGAUGAGAAAUAGUAAUAGUAAUUGAAUUGAUAACAAUUUUAAUACAUUAUAUUAUAUUUUGCAAACUAAAUUACUUGUAUACCCUGAUUCGGUUACUCGUAUGUACCUGUCUCCUUUUCUCCUCCUCAAUUCCAUUCAAGAGGAAAUUUUCAUGCCGCUCUAAACUACAAAUCAACUUAGGAGCCCCCAUAUUAUUUCUUCCCUCAACGAACAGAAGCAGCGGCAGUCAAUACAUACAUAAUUCGGAAUCCGAUAAGAGCCACCCACCCAUAUAUACAUAUAUAGAAAACACACACACACACAUAUGCAGUACCAUUUUCCACCCACACAAUACAAGCUUUUCAUUUUAAAACCUCCUGCAAAAAAAAAGAAGCAAGAGAAAGAAGAAAGAAAAACGAAGUCAAACGCCCCAAAACACCCACGCACCACCCCCUCCACCUGUUUUAUGGCUCCCUUUCCCCACCCCCCACAGACACACACACACAGAGGCACAUCGCAGGCAGACCAAUACACUGGCACACUCACACUCACUCACUCUCUCCAACAUCUUCUAUAAAAAAAAAAAGUAUUUUUUUGUACUCGCUUGACAUUUUGUGGAUACGUCGGACGUCGUCGGAAGUCGUCGCGAACUUUGCUUCUUUUUGCUCUUUCUCUUUUCUUUAGUCUGCUUUUUUCCACUUUUUACUUUUUGCCCAUAUCUCCUUGCGCGUUUUUUUAAGUCAGUCGUUUGUCGGAAGUCAAUCAAAAAGCGUGUCUCGGAGAAUUGUCCCAAAAGACAGAGAUCACCUCACCUCACCUCGACGGCCCACAGAAAAUGCAGCAAGGGCGUGAAGCUGUCGCCAUUCUCGUUGGCAAUUACAAUUUAUAAAAGUGUGGCAAAGUAAACAAUUAAAUUAUAAUUCGUGACAGCAGGCAAAAACCAGUGGAGGAAAAACCAGUAAGGAGGUGCGCCAUCAUCUUCCAGCCCAAGCAGCAGAGGAGGCAGGAGGUGGAAUAUAUAUCGCCAGCGGUCCAUGGGUCAAUAUCAUAAUCUGAGGCAGCAACCGGAGCGGCAAACAAGUUGCCACAGGCAGCAAGGAGCACUUGAGUUGCCCAUAAAUCAAAGCGACGCAAUUUGCUGCUGACGAACUGCAACGCAACAGCGGCAACAAGAGCAGCAGCAUCAGCAGCAGCAACAACUAUGCCAUUACUGCUGGCAACAACACUUGCCAACAAUUCCCAUCAUCAACACUUGAGCACAACAGCAGCAGCAACAGCAACUGCAGCAGCAACUGCAGCAGCAGCAGCAGCAACAGCAACUGCAGCAGCAACAGCAACCAUGUUGCUGACUUCACCGACAGCAGCAACUCAUUGCCUGGCUGCUGCAACAUCGGCAGCAGGUGUUAAUGUUCAAAUUACUGGCCAAGGCGUUUCAACCACUCUGAACGACGAUCAACUGCAACUGCCGGCUAAUUAUGCCGCUAACGUUGGCCAUUUGAAUGGCUUUAACCCUAAAGACAACUGCCCACCAGUUCCACCCACCAGCGAGCGGGCUUUUGAGGGAUUGCUGCGCCUGCCACAGAUACAAGUCAAGCAGGAAUUCAUGGAGUCGCCGCCAGAGAGGCCCAGCUGCCAUCCAAUGAACCACCAGCAAGUAGCAGCAAACUCAGCGCUGGCUACAAGCUGUCGUGGCAAAACAAUAUUAAAUCCUUGGUAUCUAAGGCCCGCCGACGGCAUUGGAUAUCAUAAUUAUAAUAGCAACAACAACGGCGGCAGCGGGGAAAUCAACAAGGAUGUUGGCCAGCAGAUGACUUCCGCAUGUGGCGGUGGCGAUGGCCAGACAUGUCUGCCAGUCUCGUAUUUUGGCAUGGAGACGCUGGCAUCUGUCAAACAGAGACAGAAAUCCCUGCCAGACUUUCUAAUACCGCUGCACGAAAUUAUGUUCCAGCAACAACAUCAUUACCAGCAAAGGACAAUGGGCACAUUAAUUAAUAGUCUGCCGCCCGGCUUGGUCGAGUAUCCUCCCCAAAAAACAGAGACGUUCAAGUCGUUAACCCCGCCGAAAGCACUGCAGCACCACCAAAACAACCAGAAUCACCAGAAUCACACCGGUGACCACUCCUUCGUCCGGCACUUUCACGAACGAGAUCGCCUCAUUCGGGAGCACCAGCUCAAGCAUCAGCAAUUGCGUGACGAGGAGGAAGUCCUUCAGGAACAGGAGCAGGACGAGGAGCAGGAGCACGAAACGCUGAGGAAACCCCACGUUGUACCAUCUGAGCUGGAGCACAACCAUCAUUGGCAUGGCGUCGUUUGCGAUGCCAAUGGCCAUGCCACGAGGCUGCUCCACAUUGCCCCACCAAGGGCUGGGCCAACACCACUGCCAACCCAUAAGCAACCGCCAGUCGGAGAGGUCCUGCCCCCGAACUCCACGUCCUUCUCGACCAUUAUGGAUCCGCCCAAGGAGCCAAGCAUUUACGAGCAGCCAGCACCAAAUGGUCGACAUUGUCGUCCUGCCAACAAAGUUAUGCGGCACAUGUCGAACUCACCCACACCGCCCUCGCCACUGCGUUCGCUAUCAGACUGCGGAAAGAGCUUCGAGGAGGAGGAACUGGAGCUGGGCGAGAACUGCGAGAUGCCACAGAAUCUGAGCAGCAAGCGCCAGGCCAGGGAACUAGACUCUGAGCUGGAAAAUGAGGUCCUGGAUCUGGCACCGCCACCGAAGAGAUUGGCUGAGGAGCAGGAGGAGGAAAAGGUGGCCAAUCCACCACAGCCCGUGGGAUUCGCGCCGGAGGAAAUGCAUCAGGCACUGCAACUGCAGUUGCACAGCUACAUCGAAAUGGUUCGCCAAUUGGCGCCGGAGGCGUUUCCCAAUCCCAACCUGGCCACGCAGUUCCUGCUGCAGAACUCACUGCAAGCCUUGGCGCAGUUUCAGGCCCUGCAGCAGAUGAAGCAGCAGCAAAGGGAGGAUCCUCUACCCAGUUACUCCACCCCCUUGGCCAAAUCACCACUGAGAAGUCCAUCCCUGAGUCCGGUGCCCCGGCACAGCAAAUCCCAGCAGCGAACUCCACCAAACUCGAUGACUGCCAAUUCUCUGGGUCUGAGUAGUGCCGUGAUGACUCCAAAUACGCCCAGCAUGCAGCAGCAGCCGCAACUGCAGCAGAGCACUCCGAAGCCGACGAGUGGACUAACUGUGGCAUCUGCCAUGGCCAAGCUGGAGCAGUCGCCGGAAGAGACCACCGAUCUGGAGGAGUUGGAGCAGUUCGCCAAGACCUUCAAACAACGGCGAAUCAAGCUGGGCUUCACCCAGGGCGAUGUGGGUCUGGCCAUGGGCAAACUGUAUGGCAAUGACUUCUCGCAGACCACCAUUUCCCGCUUCGAAGCCCUCAAUCUGAGCUUCAAGAACAUGUGUAAGCUGAAGCCGCUGCUCCAGAAAUGGCUGGAGGAUGCGGACAGCACGGUGGCCAAGUCGGGCGGUGGAGUGUUCAACAUCAACACGAUGACCAGCACGCUGAACAGCACACCGGAAAGCAUCCUGGGCCGCAGGCGCAAGAAGCGCACCUCCAUCGAGACCACGGUGCGCACCACGCUGGAGAAGGCCUUCCUGAUGAACUGCAAGCCCACGUCGGAGGAGAUCAGCCAGCUGUCCGAGCGCUUGAACAUGGACAAGGAGGUGAUCCGCGUGUGGUUCUGCAAUCGCCGGCAGAAGGAGAAGCGCAUCAAUCCCUCGCUGGAUCUGGACAGUCCCACGGGCACUCCGCUGAGCAGUCAUGCCUUUGGGUAUCCACCGCAGGCUCUGAACAUGUCCCACAUGCAAAUGGAGGGCGGUUCGGGUUCCUUCUGCGGCAGUUCCAUCAGUUCGGGGGAAUAGAAGAAGCGGGUUCAGCGUGGAAAUCCAUCCAUCCAAUCUUGUACAUAGUCAGCUUAUGCUCCAAAUUCUUCCACAACAUUCCACUUGCCACACUCUCCAUAUCAAAUGCAAACAAUGCCAUGGAUGUAUUUAGUAAACUAGGUGAUAGCCAGUCGUAUCAGAAAAUCCAUUACGAAUUUAUGAGUACAUAUAUGUAGCUCCACUACACUAUACUACCUAUUCGUAUCUGUAUCUGUAUGCAUAUAGAAGUUCCUAGUUCUAACUAUUCCCCAAAUGCCAUACGUGUGUAUCUGUUGUGCCCCAUAUCCACUAUGCCACAAAUCAGUCCUCUAGUUGUAUUUACUGUACUGUGUAUUGACCUAGAUGUGUAUGUAUAUGUAUACCGAUGUUGUUGUACGAUGUCCAAUUGUAAAUUGAUCUUGAACACACUUAGAUCGUAACAUCCAAAAA